AUGGCUACUGCGGUCUCUAAACCCGGCUCCCAUCCCGCGAAGAUGAAGCGGCCGCCCCCGCCUUUCCCCCAGGCCGGGGUCAACGGAGUCAAGGCUCAACAAGCUUCGUCCUCUCUACCCACCACAUCACAACGUCUUCCUGGGGGUACAUCUGUGAACUCAAGCCCAAACCUUACCAAUGGCGUGUUGGGAGUGGCAAAUGCCGCCAAGGGGGCGUCGAACCGGACUCGCAACCAGUCGCAAAGACCUGGUGACGCUUCCUCCCGCCUUGGUCGACCGACAACGAGGACAAGCACAAAUGGAACUGAUAACCAAGCUGGGAAAAGGUGUUCAGAGCCGUACGUGAAAACGACGUCCUACAUUCUCAAGAAAUACGCCAAAUUCCCACCGUCCCUCAUUGUACAUCUCCAUCCUACGCAUUUUCGAUUUGAACAGCAAGACGGAAGCUUCCCUUACAAUUCGGAAAUGAAAGUCAUCAUCGAACACAUUCGCGCCGGAACUGUUCCCCAUGAUUUGAUCGAGGAGCUUCUGCGUUCUGGUGUACGGUUUUAUGAAGGCUGCCUGAUCGUUCGUGUUGUUGACCACAAGUCCGUGUCAGCGCAAGCGCGCAAAACUUCCGCGUCGACUUCAAACGAGAACAAUACCCCCUUUUCUCUGCACAACUACAAUGAGCAUGUUACUCCAUCAGCAUUUGUUCCAUAUCCGAAACAAAACCAACUCACCACCGACCUGCAAAGCUCAAAGCCGGGUGAGACACCAGCUCCUGGCCAAAAUCAGUCUGAAAGCCAAGCCAAUGGAGAGGUCUCCGAGACUCCAAGUCAAACCAACGAGGCAUGCCAGAAAUCUGCCUCCACUCCCAAACCCAGAGUGUUUACCACGGUGCUUCAUCCUACAUCCCGUGUUUUACAAGCAGAGUUGACUCUACUUGUAACUACACUCGACCCGAAAGCCGCCAAGGCUACGAAUCAAAACCAAUUGACGCGGACCCAAUCCUCCUCUGUUAUGCCUCAGUCACCGGCUACAACGCAGCCUGAUCGCGGCCAUGACGCAAAGCGACAAAAAACUCUCGUCGAACCUCAAGAUCUUGCCAAAUGCGAAUCACUUAUUGUUCGGGCUCUAGCACCUCCACUAUAUCUAGAACCGGUCGACACCUUUGCAGCCUCUCAAGACUUAUUGAAGUUCAUGGAGAGCCCGCUCCAUUCCGAUCCACCGCCGUCACCUAAGCGUCGCAAGAGAACCGUUGCCGAACUUGCUGCCGACGAGGCCCUUGCUGCCGAAGAGGAGAGAUUCAUGCUCAUUAUGGAUGAGAGACUCGAACCAACAGCAUCAGGGGCCGCUGGGGCAUCAAAAGCUGCUGCGGUUGAUGAUGCGGCCGGUGUGGCCCCAUUCGAACCUCGCUUCUCUCGCUUCAAGACGCUCGAGACUAUUCGGAUGCAACAUGAGGAGAAGGCUAAACGCGACCAUGAGAUGAAGCUGAAGCAAGAAUUAGCCAAGAGACAGCAACAGGAGCAGGAGAGGGAGCGACGACGAGCGCUUGAGCAACGGCAGAAUGAGGAGCACGCCAAGGAGGAAGCUCGCAGACAGCACCUUGCAGCACAGCAAGCACAAGCCCAGCUUGCGGCGCAGAACCGGCAUGCCAUGAGUCAGCCGAACGGUGUCAGUCAAGGGCAGCAGUCCUCCCCAGUUGUACGCAAUCAAACUCCUCACAAUACUUCUUCACCACUGGUUGGUAACAAUAUGGCAACACAGGCUGUUCCGAUGAGCAUUAGCGCAUCCCAGCAAUCGGGAAGCCCGCCAAGGCCUCCGUCUUCUAUGCAGCAUGGACAUCCGAAUGUUAUGGGUCACCCAAUGGCGCCCUCACGUAGCCAGCAGGGACCAAGCCGACACGGCACGCCUCAAAUGACCCAAGGCACACCGGCAAUGUCGCAUGCUACUCCAAUCAUGCGCAAUGUCACCCCAACCACGCAACGGAUGAACCAUGGCAGCCCUACCCAUACAAUGGCGCAGACCCCAAUGAUGAACCAGGCCACAAUGGCAAAUACUCCGCAAAUGAAUGGUAGUAUGGGUCUCACUCCGCAGCAGCAGAUGCUGCUCCAGCAACGACAACAACAGCAACUGCUUGCUGCUCAGCAGGGACAAAUGGGCAACCAGUUCACGCCUCAACAAAUUGCUCAGAUGCAGGCCAGUGCCCAUGCCCAGCAAAAUAUCCAUUCGCAGCAAAUGUUGCAAGCUCAGCAGCAAAAGCAGCAGCAGCAGCAGCAGCAGCAGCAACAGCAGCAGCAACAGCAGCAACAGCAACACCCGCAGCAGCAACAGCAGCAAAACCAUCCAAAUAUGCAGAACCAGCAAGCAUACCAAGCGCAACUUAUGCGGGCACAGUUCGCUCAAAUGCAGAUGGUCAAGCAACAACAAGGUCAGAUGCCACAGGGACAGCAGAUGCAAGGACAAAUGUCGCAAGGCCAAAUGCCUCAAGGGCAGCCCAUGCAGAAUCAGAUGUCUCAAGGUCAAAUGUCCCAGGGGCAACCGAAUCAGCACCAAGGCAGUCCGCAAAUGACUCAGCAGCAACAGCAGCAGCAACAACAGCAAAUGUUGAUGGCUGCUGCACAGGCAAAUGGCGGACAAAUGCCCAAUCUGCAAAGCAACAAUAUGGCUCAGCGUUACAAUCGACUUUAUCAGCAGCGAGUGCUUCAUCUACGACACGAGAUGACUCAAAGAUUCAUUACACAAUACGGACCGCCUACUCAGUAUCCACCUCAGAUUGCUCAGCAAUACGGGGCUGGAGUUGAGAAAAACGCCAAGGCAUGGAUUCAAGACCUCAUGCGACGCGAGCGGGAAGCUGCUCAGCAGCAGCGAGCCACGCAUGUGGCGAUGCAAGCUCAACAGAUGCAACAGCAGAACAUGAUGCAAAAUGGUAUGGGCAGCUAA